AUCACUAUGUAUAUAUUGUAUGUAUUGCUGUUAAUAAUAUGUGGCUUGAUCCUGAAAUGGAUUUCAGACAGACGCACAUUUUUUGCAAGGAUGUCUGCAUAUCCAGAAGCUAAAAAUACUCUACCGUUUCUAGGAAAUAUUCUAGAGAAUUUAACACCAACAGAUAUUAUUCCAAAUCUGCUUAAAUAUCGGAAAGAAUGUGGGAAAUCAUUCAAAUUAAUAUUGGGACCUUUUGCCACUUACGUUAUGACCACUGAUGCAAAUUUUAUAGAAUUCAUAUUAACGUCGCCAAAGCUUAUUGAAAAAUCUUGGGAUUAUGAAUUCAUGAGAAACUGGCUCGGAAAUGGAUUAAUCUCAGCACCAGGAAAUAUUUGGGCUAAACAUAGAAAAUUAAUAACGCCAGCGUUCCAUUUCAAGAUUCUCGAGAAAAUGGUUGAACAAUUAAAUUCCAACUCAAGCAUUUUAAUAAAGAAACUUAGUAAUCACGUUGAUACUGAAAUCGAUAUUUAUCCAUUUGUGACUCUAAGCACUCUUGAUAUAAUUUGUGAAACUUCAAUGGGAAUUUCUUUUAACGCUCAGGAAGACAAUAAUUCAAAGUUUGUUGUGGCGACACGACAGAUUCUUCAGAUUAUUGAAAAUCGAAUUUAUUCCGCAAUCAAGCAAUCAAACUUGUUAUAUAAAUUUACUUUGGAUUAUUGGAGGGAGAAAAGCGUUGUGAAAUAUUUACACAAGAUCACGAACAAUAUUAUAAGUGAAAGGAGGGAAGAAUUUAAAAAUAAAGCUGAGACGAAUCCUGAUGUUGAUGAUAUUGGCAUCAAGAAGCGAAAUUUCUUUCUAGAUCUUCUCCUGGAGUUUGGUUUAAGCAAUGAUGAAAUAAGAGAUGAAGUUAAUACCGUCAUGUUUGCUGGCCACGACACAACCGCUUCUGCAAUUAGCUUCACUCUCUAUUUAUUGUCUAACAAUUUAGAUGUUCAGAAUAAACUAUAUGAAGAAAUCGCGUCGAUAUUAGGAUCAGAUAUUGAACCUACCUACAAUCAAUUUCAAGAAAUGAAGUAUCUUAAAAAUGUUAUUAAAGAGUCUUUGCGUUUGUAUCCACCAGUUAUGAUGUUUGCUCGAGAUGUUUACGAAGAUGUGUACUAUAAUGAUAAACUGAUUCCAAAAGGAGCACGUGUGGGAGUUUUUGUUUAUGGUUUGCAUCGUGAAUCAGAACAUUACAAGAAUCCCGAGAGCUUUAUUCCUGAAAGAUUUGAAUUGAAAGAAGAAAAUAGAAGAAGUGCUUUCAGUUUUGUUCCAUUUAGCGCUGGUCAGAGAAAUUGCAUAGGUCAAAGGUUUGCUAUGCUAUCAAUGAAGUCAGCAAUUUGUAAAAUUGUGAGAAAUUUCGAAAUUCUUCCAGUUUCACAUAAGAAACCGUUAAUUUCAUAUGAGGUAAUCCUAAAGUCGUCAAAUGGAAUUUACAUUAAACUUAGAAAAAGGUCGUAAAUAUAAAAAUCAAUUUAUAAUUAUAUAUUAAUAAA